AUGAUGAACUCCACAGAGUUUAAUUAUUUCAAAUUCACUGCCUACUCUGACAGCAGUGUGCUCAAAUAUUUAUUCUUCAUGAUUCUUAUGUCCUUGUAUGUUUUAAUCAUCAGUGCUAACAUGUUUCUCAUUGUGAUCAUCUGCAUUACCAGAAGCCUCCAUGAGCCCAUGUACCUGUUCCUGCUCAGCCUGUUUGCUAAUGAACUGUUUGGGAGUACGUUGUUGUUUCCAUUCCUCUUGGUUCAGAUCCUCUCUGAUGUUCACAUCGUUUCUGCAGCUGUUUGUUUGUUGCAGGUUUUCUGUUUGUAUUUAUAUGCUGGUGUAGAGAUUUUUAACUUGGCUGUGAUGUCUUAUGACAGAUAUCUUGCCAUCUGUUAUCCUCUGCACUAUAACACACACAUGUCAUUUAAGAGGGUUGCUUUUCUGAUUGCUGCCUCUUGGUUUCCUCCUUUUCUCAUCAUAGUUAUCACAACAUCUUUGAGUUUCUCUUUACAGCUGUGUGGAAACAUCAUUAACAAAGUGUACUGUGACAACUACUCCAUAGUUAAGCUGGCUUGUUCUGACACUACAGUCAACAACAUCUAUGGACUCUUCAUAACAUUGCUCACACUUAUUGGUCUUUUAACUUUAAUUCUGUACACCUACACAAAGAUCCUUAAAGUGUGUUUUUCUGGCUCCAAACAGACCAGACAGAAAGCUCUCAGCACCUGCACACCUCACCUGGCUUCUCUGCUCAACUUCUUCUUUGGUUGCAUGUUUGAAGUUUUACAGAGCAGGUUCAACAUGAACAGUGUGCCCAAUAUGCUGCGCAUAUUUUUAUCAUUGUACUUUCUAACAUGCCAGCCGUUCUUCAACCCUGUAGUGUACGGACUGAAAAUGUCCAAAAUCCGUCAUGUCUGUAAAAGUCUGUUUUCUGUGAAGUGA